AUGUGGAGAUGUUCUCUGUACCUAUCUAGUCCUAUAGGCCUGGGACUUCUCAUUUGUAACCACCAGCUGCUCUGCUGCACUGAGGCUGCACACACAGCAAGGAUACCACGGGCAGUGUCCGUGAUGUUAUUGCUGGUGAUUUACUCCCAAGGGGUGUCCACGGCCUCCGUCCAGCACCUGUGCGGCUCCCACCUGGUGGAUGCCCUCUACUUUGUAUGUGGAGAAUGGGGCUUUUUCUACAGUCCAAACAGACACUACAAGGCCAGACGAGAGCAGCAGCUGUGGAGGGCCCUGUCUGUCCAUGAUGAGCCCAAGGUGAAGAGAGGCAUCGUGGAGCAGUGCUGCCAUAGGCCGUGCAGCCUUUACCACCUGGAAGGCUACUGCUAUUGA